AUGUCAUUUUCUACUUUUUCAAGACGUGGUUAUAAAAAACCCUCAACCCCUAGAGAAUUCGCAAAAAGUGCAAAGAAACGGAAUUCCGUUUUGUCACUCGGAAGCAUUACUCAUUUACAACAUUUUUAUGCGAAAAGAAAUAUAAUAAUUAAACCAAAAUUACCAAAAAACAUUGAAGAAGCCAGAAUAAAGAAAUUUUCAAUAGAUGCAAAUAUAAACAUGCCUGACCUGUUACAAGUCACUGAAGAAUUUGAUGACGAUUUUCCUCCCACUCCUAUUCCCCCAAUACCACAACCCACACUACCAUAUUUUUUAAUGAAUAAAUUGGAUGUUGAAGUUGAUCCUGAUGUACUUUUAGCAAAUUGUCAUGCUAACAUUCAAGGAAUAGUUGAUGUCUGGCGUAUCAAUAACACUGACGAUUAUGAUAAAUUAAAUGAAAAUAUCGACACUUCAAAAGCAAUUGAAUCCACAUCAAUUUUAAUAAAAUCAGUAAAAGAUUACUCGAUGAUAAAACAAGAUAUUUCUAACGAAUCUCUUUCGAUGCUUAGAGUUGCCACUUUAGAAGUUCUUGAAAUGAUAGACGAUCUUGAGACUUCUCUCAAAAAUAAUAACAAUAACAAUAACAGAUCGUUGGCUAGACAACAAGAAAUUAUACAAAGAUACAUUCAAACAGUAGAAGAUUACCUACUAUUCGAUAAAGAUAUUCAUUUAAAUACAGCAUCAUACUUGAAAAGAUUUUCUUUAACUGACACCAGAAGAGACAGUGGUAUUUCAUUAUCGACUCCUCCAUUAACUCCCACAUAUAGGAUUGACGAUUCUUGGUUAGAUUCUGAAAAUUUCGGCGAUGAUAAAUUAGCUAGAUAUCACGCUUUUUUGGAAGCAUUUGUACCAUCAAAAUUAAAACAAUCACCUAAUUAUAAACCAAUCCCAGAUCCAAGAAUUGAUAAAUCUGAAUUUUUGAAAUCAUUAUCUGAUGGCAGAUUAUUAUGUAAUAUUUAUAAUACGAUCGUUAAAUAUUCUAAACAACCCUUUGGAUUUAUUGAUAAAAUUCAUGAAGAUACAUCAAGAACAUAUCGUGUCAUAGAAAAUCUAAACUUUUUUGCAACUGCUGUAAAAUUACGAUUCGAUGUGAAAUUUGAAGAAUUCGAUGUAAAAGAAAUCAAAAAUUUAACAGAAAUCGGUGAAAUUCAUUUGGAAAAAGCUUUGGAAUUAUUUUGUGAAAAAGCAAUGAAUGAAUCAAUAUCGACCGGAUCACAUCAUAAUCGAACAAAUUUAUCAGGAUCUUCUUCUUCAUCACCUAUUCGGCAAGAAACAAAUGAUUCUAAAUUAUCCAAAGAAAAUCAAGAUUUAGCAACAGAAAUUACCCAAGAAAUUCAACCAGAACCUUUUUUGAAUACUAGUUUAUGUGCUGACUAA